GUGUACCUUCUGGUGGGGAAUCUCUUAAGAGAGUCGAAACCUAGUGCUCCAAAUUUGUAGAUCUGACGGAAAUUGCUCCCAAAUUACUUCCUACUGAACUCCUAGCUGGACAUAAGGACUUUAAUGCAUAUCUGGUGGUGUGAUUCUCACUUCUGAAUCUCAAAUUAAAAUGGCUUCAGCAGAAAACAAUGGUGCCUCUAGCCACCCCUCCAGUACCGGCGCCACCACGAAAACCACCGUUGUCGAUGGCAUAAACGCUGGCCUUAUUAUUUCAACCACCGAGACCAUACGUUUGUUUCUCGCCGGAGCUUCCGCGGGAGUUGAACUCUCCGAUGACCUGAGAGAACUCGCGUCUUCCCUUUCCGAUCAUCCCACGGUACCAUACAAACAUCUGAGGUCGGUUUGGAUCGGGUCUAACCCUGUAACACGACCUGAUCUGAUGGGCUUGUUAUCCGGAUCCAAUUUCGUCUUCUGCAGUCCAAAACCUAGAGAAAAAAGUGAGGAACUCAAAGCUCGGUUGAGGAAACUAGAAGAAGCGUUGGAGAGGAAGGCGUAUGAUGAAUUGGUGAAGGAUAUUACUCCUAGGAAACCUGUGGAUGAACCUUUUUCCUCUUAUAAAGAUCAAAUGGGCUUUGGCUUACAUGUUGGUAUAGCAAUGUUCACUGGCUAUCUGAUGGGAUAUUUUGCAUUCAGGGCCUUAUUUAAUCACAGUCCAGCAAUGAGCGCUGCUGGAGGCAUUCUUGGAUUGGUCAUUGCCAUGCUUGUCGAGACACUUCUCUUUAUUAUCAAAACUUCGAGUUUAGAUAAAAAACCGGCUAGAAAAGCCACUUCGUUCACAACAACGCAGAAGAAGAAUCAGUAGGCUCAUCACAAGAAGUUGAUUCUUUCUAUGUUUCCUUAGAAUAGGAAUAAAUAUUUUGGUAUUGAGCAUCUUAUUUAUUUCUCCUGUGAAUUUUUAUGCUGUAAAAUAUGUAUUCUUUGAUUUGUGUAGCUCACUAUAGGUUCGUUAUAAGAUAAGUAUUGCACUGGCAAUGCAAAAUUAUUUAUAAUUGGGAAGUUUGUCUUUGGCACUUGGAAUACAAAAGUUAAUUUUAUUGUC